AUGCGGAACUUGUGGCACUUAGGCCUGGACACCCAGGCAAAGAUAGAGGCCUACACAGAACUACAAACCGAGUUCCACCAGCUGCUCAUGUCGCGGGUCAGCGAGCAAGGCCCGAUCUCCUCGUGCCGUUCAAGCUGCAGACCCCCUCUCAGGGUCGCCCUUGCAGGCAAGCUCAAGUCAGAACCACAAGCAAUCUUGGAACUGACGGCGGCCAACAGAGCGCCCCUUACCUUCCCUCAGGACAUCGAGGAAGAGUGCGGGGAGUACUACGCGCUCCUCUAUGCUGAGCGCCCCGUUGAGAGCGCGCUCUGGGACGGACUGUGCGACCCGCUUCCAAGAUUUCACGAAGGACUAGCUGAAGGCCUAGACGGCCCCGUCACGAGGAAGGAAUGCUGGGAGGCGGUGUCCACUCUUUCCAAAGACAAGGCACCCGGUCCUGACGGUCUUCCUGUGGAGCUCUUCCUAAAGUUUUGGGACUUGCUGGCGGAUCCCCUGGUGAAAAUAUUUCAGAGAAGCAUAGAAGGCGGCUACUUACCGAGCUCCAUGCGCCAAGGAGUGAUCAAGCUGAUUUGCAAGGACAGCGCAAGACGUCGUGACUUGGCAGCGUGGAGGCCCAUUACCCUCCUUAGCACCGUAUACAAAAUCUUGGCCAAGGUCUUACAAACCCACUUGGCUCCAGUGAUGCCCGACUUGGUCUCUCGCAGCAUGUUUGUUCCGUACCAGGGCGCACGGGACAGCAGAACCUCGUUCCGUCGCGAGGCCCGGCGCCCGCUGAUCAACAAGUUCCGCAGCCUCGGAGCCUCCGAGUGGUUCCUGGACCUGGCCACGCGAGUGCUGGACAUUCCAGAGCGCUGGAUCCAGCGCCGGGUGUCCGUGGACGACCGUGCUCACAGGCUGCCCGAGGGCUCCCUGGUGCGCCGGUUCUCGCUCAAGAGGCCGCUGGACGUGGGGCCCGCCUGGACGCACUGGGGCUUCGGCGGAGACGCGGCCAAGCUAGACGUGGAUUUCAGGGUGGUCUGCGCCCAGGGCUUCACGGGCGCCAACUGCAGCGACGAGUGUCCGGCUCCCGACGCCGUCGGGGCCAGGUUCAGGUGCCUGGCGAACGGCAGCAAGGAGUGCCUGGAGGGCUGGACCGAGCCGGAGUGCGACGUUCCGGCGUGCGCCGACGGCUGCCACCCCGAGCACGGCUUCUGCGAGCGUCCCGGCGAGUGCCUGUGCAAGAUGGGCUGGGAAGGGGCGCGCUGCGAGCGCUGCACCCCGAUGCCCGGAUGCCUGCACGGUACCUGCAACGCCAGCUUCGAGUGCAACUGCCUGCCCGGCUGGGACGGCUUCUUCUGCAACAGACCGAUGUGCGGGGACGGCUGCCAUCCAACCAGGGGCUACUGCGAGAAGCCAGGACAAUGCAGCUGUCGGUUCGGGUGGCAGGGCGAGAAGUGCGACCGUUGCAAGCCGCUGCCGGGCUGCCUGCACGGCCGCUGCAGCAAGCCCUUGGAGUGCCUCUGUGACGACGGCUGGACGGGCAUCUUCUGCCACAUACCGGUCUGCUCUUCCAAGUGCCACUACGAACACGGCUACUGCGCCAAGCCCAAUGAGUGCAGGUGCCGCGUCGGUUGGAUGGGCGAGCAGUGCGACGAGUGCUGUCCGUACCCUGGCUGCCGGCACGGAACCUGCACCAAGCCCUGGGAGUGCCACUGCCAACCUGGCUGGGGAGGAUCACUGUGCGAUAAAGAAACCGAUGCGUACCGCGACAUCUUCGUGCAAGGUUUGGGCCAGAAAACCCCUUACGACCAAAAUGUUUUCUUGCCAGAGGUCCCGCAGAGUCACUGUAGCUGGUGUCAAGACGACAAACUGGCGAACUUUGCUUGA